AUGACCGAAUUGAUUCGCAGGAUGUGGACCACCGAGAAGUGCACGAACGCCAAACGCCUUGCCGAGUUGGAGCACGGCGGCUCAUGUUGGCCUGACCAAGCUAAGAGGCCUAAAAUAAGCGCUCACGCGCCCGAACGCAUCUUCCAACCUGUCCCAGCGAAUCAUCGUCGCCCGACAACCCCGCCGAACCUUGUCAACACUGGCGUCGUCGUGCCAAGCCAUACCGCACGCCCUGCCAAGGUCAAACGGGGAGGAGGGAUGGUUUCGGACACUGAUUGGGAUGAUGUGUUUGACGUUUGA